AUGGACCACAGACUCGGUGGAAAGACGGUUGUGAACGGACAAGUUGUCCCUGCGCCGAAUCGGGGUCCUUCGGGCCUCCCGCAUCUGACGGCCUUUGAUCGUGCGGAAAUCAAACGCAAGGCGGCCUCCGAUGCGUAUGAAGGUAGUGACAGCGAGGGCGACAACUCUGAGAAGGCGUGGCUCAACAACAGAGACAGGAUAAACUACAAGGAGAUGAGCGAUGAGGAGGAUGAUGAUGGUAACGAUGAGGACAGUGAUUACCACGAUGUACCAAUGCCUUCAACGACAGUCCGACACAUCAAACGCCGUAGAACCACAGUUCCCAAGGUUGGAUCAUCCGGCGCACGCAUUGAGAAAAAGGCUGGCUCGAAGCGUACCAAAGCUCUUGGGAAGAAGCCACAACAAGUUGCAACUACUGCUCGUAACGCUACUGUCUCGGAUGGAAAGCCUUCCCGCAAAGCUCCUGCAAAAGAGGCUCCUCGAAAGGGAUCUCUCACAUCAACAGUAUCCACCUCAGCUCCUACAAGGUCAACCACAACCAAGGAGCCCAGACUACACUGGACGUAUGAGAUGCGCUUCGUCCUACACCAGCUGUUCAAAGAAGAUGUCUUCAUCACCAAGCAGGAGACCGGGGACAUCUUCAACCAUCUCUUCCAGGUUGAGCUGACACAGCUUGGCUUCCAGCAGGCGGUGCCGUACGAGAAGAUGCGGAAGGCAUACAGCGAUUCUACCCGGAACAGAGUCAUCCGCGACUGCAUCAAGAUCGUUGCGGAUGAGCUGGCUGAUGAGAUGGCUGAUGAAUCCAACGCUGCGUCCGAUCUUCGCGAUGAGAUGGGGAUUGAGGUGGUCUACGCAGCUGAGCUUCUUGGCAUCAAGAUCGGACCACAGGAGGAGGAGCUUGUGGUGUAG